GGAUCCAGGUGCGCCACGACCAGGACGGAGGCUACAUGCACCACAAGUUCGCCAUCAGCAACCGGGAGAACGUGAUGGUGCUGGAGGACGCCGAGUACGUGAAGGCCUUUCUGGAGGAGUUUGAACGGAUCUGGGAAGAGUACAAUCCCGUCAAUUACAGCUUUUUUCCCCAAAGACAGUGCAAGUAA